AAAGGGAGUCCAAGGCCGGGCAGGGACUCAAGGAAGAGAUGGAGAGAACGGGUUGGAUGGGGUCACAGGACCAACAGGGGUACCUGGGCUGCAGGGUCCUCUUGGUUACAAAGGUGAGACAGCGCCCCCUGGAGACAAAGGAGAUGAGGUACAACUUGAGAAUACAAAAUAUUCCAUUAUACACACUCCAGUAACUGUCAUAGAAGAAUUUCACCCUGCAUAUGUGCAUAAAGCAGUCUUACUGUUUUCAUGAGCAGGGUUUUCCUGGUGCACCUGGCCCCAGUGGAGAUAGAGGACAUGUUGGCCAGAAAGGCUCAAAAGGAGAGAUGGGAUUCACUGGCUCUGUGGGUCCUCUAGGACCUGUUGGUUUACAAGGUGUUAAAGGGAUUCCUGGCCCACCUGGCCCUGACGGGAAUCCAGGAUAUGAUGGAAAACGUGGUCCUCAGGGGCCGUUGGGAGCAUCUGGUGCUACAGGAUUGGUUGGUGCACAAGGGGUUAACGGCUCAGAAGGGGAUGAUGGACCUUCUGGCCCUGUUGGGCGGAAAGGCCCACAGGGCCCUAGAGGGUUAGAAGGAGAUAGAGGCCCACUUGGUCAUCCAGGCUCCCAGGGGCUUCCAGGUCAAGAUGGCCCACAGGGCCUCAAAGGUGACAUCGGACCAGAGGGUCCAACAGGCAACAGAGGGCUACAAGGCAUUGAAGGGCCCAUGGGUAUGCAUGGGGAUCCAGGUCCAAAAGGUUUUCCAGGGCAAUAGGGGCCUGAAUGGAGAGAAGGGCGUUCCUGGACCCAAGGGGAGAAAAGGACCACAAGGAAUGCCAGGGAUCAUGGGCCCUCAGGGUGAGAGGGGCCAAUCAG